AUGGCGUCGACAGUAGAAGGUGGUGAAGAUAGAUUGGGAAAAUAUGAUCUAUGUAUGCUGAUGGCUAUAUGGAUGGAGAUGUCACCAAAUGCACAACCGCCAGAUGACCCAGUACCCAGUAGCGAAGAAAAAGCCGCUUGUGUUGGUGUGAUUGCUUUGGAUGGCAAUCUUGUACACAGUAAAAUAUUUGCUGCUGCUUGUAGUAGUAAAUAUUCUCAUGGUGUUAAUGCACUAGCAUUGAAAUAUGGCCAGAGAUUGGAUGGAAGUACUUUAUUCGUAUCAAGAAAGCCAUGUUCAGAGUGCACUAAACACAUGAUACAAGUCGGUGUCAAAACUGUUUAUUAUUUCCCCACUAAACCUGAAGUUAAGAAAGAAGAUGAUCUUGCUAUCGUUGACCAUACCAUGAAAGUUAGUCAUCUUGCAAUGAAAGUUUUAAUUCCCGAAGUCAUUCGAGUGAAAUCACAGCCACCGCCCUACGAAGCUACAAAUGACAAAGAGGAGACGAAAAUAGCUCAAAAAGAGUUAGAGGAAAGAUUCGGUGAUAAACCAGAUGCAUUAUCUGAUAUACAAGUCCCGGAUGAUGAUACAAUUGAGCAGCGACAUCAGGAAUUCAAAGAGGUCUUGACGUGGCUGGCUGUAAAAACUAGAGGUGAUCUUCCCUCUGCCUAUAUAGUUCAGAACCCUCCUCCAGAGAUGUUGAAAGAAAAUGAACAGGAACUAUUGCGUCAUGCUGCAUCACUCACUUAUAUAUUGGCACACAGAACAACGGAUCCAAGCACUGGUGUUGGAGCUGUAUUGAUGAAUAAGAAAGGUGACUAUUUAGGAUUUGGUUAUAACGGUUACCAGAUAAAUGCAUCUCUUGCCGACUUUUCAAGGUAUAGAGGCGAAAAUGAAAAAGACAAGCAGAAAGUGAAAUAUCCAUACAUUGUUCACGCUGAAGCCAAUGCUCUGUUAUUUCGAAAUGAACCUGAGUUUGACCCAAAUGAUACUGUUCUAUUCUCGUCCAAAUCGCCAUGUAAUCAUUGCACGUUUCAUAUCCGUCAUCUUGGGAUUAAACAUGUUGUCGCACCAGAAAGCAGUCAAUUACCUCCAGCUGCUAGUGGAGCAAUUGGUUAUGGAAAGUUUGAUGAAUAUUGCAAAGCUGAUGCCAUUAGCAAAUAUAUGUUCACUGACAGUCGCAAGUGUAACGACAACUAUGCCCAAGGAGAUGAAGAGAAGCAACAGUAA